UCAAAAAAGUGAUCGCGCGCGAACAGCCCUGUGCUACGGUACUGAGGUAAACAGAAAACUGCGGAUCCGCUUCGUUCGGACUUGGGUUUUAAAGCGAUGGACAUGUUGGACAUGUUAUUACAGCAAACAUACUAUCGACAUUUCGAGAGAGAGGCAAAUUAUCACUACCUCACUAACUUACCUCCAAGACAAGAGUCAGGAUUCUGCAGUGAGGUGAACAUCUUGGUUCUCAAGGAGGUUACUACCAAAUCUGUCUCUAUGAAACUGCGGCGCAGCACAGUCCUGAGAAGCCGACGGCUUCAUCAGCGAGAACAUGUGAAGGACUCUGAGAGCAUCUCUGUGGUGUUGAGUGACACUGACUCUAGUCAGUCAGACAGUGUGGAAGAAAUAAAAGAUCAUCUGUCUGUUAUUCGUGAUCUGAAGCGGCCAGUAAGGAAGAGGUGGGUUCUGCUUAAGAAGUGGCACCCUCAGAGACACCGUCAUCGAGAGAAGGGAUUAUUGUGGACAAGCCUGAGUCGGAUCAGGAAGUUGUUAGCAGGAGGCUCCGAUUUUGCAGCCGUCAACAGAACAGAAGCAAACUGCUCCAGACCUCAUGCAUUUCAGCAGAGGAAUUUACGUCGCUGCAAGUAUCUGCUUUCCAUUCAGACCAACCUGUCCAUUACCAAAGCAAAGCCACGGCAUCGUAAGAGGUCACGAUCUGUGGUCUGGCCACCCGUUGCUGGCUGGAAAUCUUCGGUGAAAAGGAAGCCUUCUUUGAACAACACAUUAUCUCAGCAGCUUUCUCCUCUCAACCUUAGUGUCAGUGUGAUGCAGGAGGACAAACUGCUUGUAGAUGAGAAGAUUUCAAGAUUAAAUGCAGAGUUGAAGCAGAACUCAGAUGCCUCCAGCAAACAGAGGACGACUAAUGUCCGGGGCAAAUUGAACAAUCAGGAAGUGUUUGAUGGCAUAGACGGAACGCGGCGGGCUCUGAAGUUUGAUGACACGCCUGAAACUGUUGCUGCGGAACAGAGGAAAAGCCCUCGGCAGAAGCACAAACGUGGAGAGAUUCGUGAAGCUCAGAAUGGUUUCCAGAAUGAGCAGCAGGAAGAGAUUUCUGAGGAUUCGAAUGGGUUCAGGACGCCCCCAGAUCUGUUCAGCGUGAAGCCUAAGAUGAAACGAGGGAACCAGAGGAAAGUCUCUGCCUCUGGUGUUACAAAAUCUUCCGCGCAGAAGCCCAACUUCAUGUCCAUGUUAGCCACUCUGGUGAAGAAUCAGAACCAGAUUAUUAAAGAGUCCUGCAAAUGAGUCUCUAUGAAAGUUCUGCAAUUAGAUUUGUUAGUCAUUUUGUAUAAUUGAAGAGACAUGCAUCUCUGCUGUCGAGAUUUGUUUAUUCUGUUACUUGUUUAAAUGAAUAGAUCUGAUUUCUGAAAAAAAAAGUCUGCUUAUAUUUAUUGUAUUGUUCAAUUGUCUGUGUUCUAACGUUUGCAUUUGCAUGAGCAAAUAAAUCUUGCUUAAACAUCUUUUUGUCUGUGCUGAUGGCUUGAACUACAGUUAUUGUAAUAACCA